AUGGAAAAGACCUAUGAAUAUUACAAAAGCAAUCAUUUUGAUGUGUUGUUUCCAAAAUUAUCUUUUUCCCUAGGCAUUGGUUGGUUUUACCUUGAGAAUGAGGCCUCCAAAGAUGCUUGCACUGAUUCUAAAAAGGUUUGUUCUUUUGAUAUUGUGAAACACAUUGAUGCAUUCUUGGUCGGUCAUAAGGAAGCUAGUCAUUAUGUUGAUGGAUCAAAUACAUUACAUGCAAGAGGAACAACUAUGGGAUUGGAAGGGAAACCAAAUGGGGUUUCAAUUCUGGGAAUUAUAGAAGAUGAGGUAUUAGAUGGAUAG